AAAAUCCUGGUUCUGCGCCCGGCAAACCACCCUUUCAAUUUUUUCUCUCGCACACCAGCAUGAGGUCCAGUUAGCCCAACUCUUGGUUCGCAGACGGAUAUGGAAGCGUCUCACCCAGACCCAGAGGGUAUUAUGCUACCCCCAAGCCCUGUGGACUCGGCAGGUUCGGUUGACUCGACCUCGUCCGGCUCUACCGUCGAGCAUACCAGGGAGCCAGAACGCAGUGAUCACGUCACGAUCACCUUGUCUCUCACGCCUGAUUCGCCUGCCCAAACUCCGAGUCGUGCUUCUUUCAACCGCUCCCACGUCCGUUCACGAUCGAUGAUCGAAGUUCCAGGCGUCCCUCCAAUGACGCGCGCCCACUCUUCCCCCGGGCUGGACUCGCGGGGCAGAUAUAUCUUCGUCAAUGGUCGCGGGGGGCUUGCCAACGUCGGCGACAAUUCAGCUAGGCGUUAUCUGCCGCUGCAGGUGAACACGGGGGAAUCAUCCGACUCGAGAAUGGUGCCCCUGAAUGUCUCCCAGACCAUUUCCGAGAACGCGGAGUUGGACACCAGGAUGGUUACGUCGCCCUCCAAGGCCGACUGGCACCCUACAUCGCCGGUACUCCCGCACACACUUCCUCGCGUCAAUCGUCGACGUCCCUCGUCUCCCUUGAAUUUCCAUCCGCCGUCGUCGCCUGGUUCGGUCAUGGGCAGCCCGUCCCCUUCGCACUCCUCCCCUGGCGUACUCAGUUCGCGAUUCAAUGAGACCUUUCCAGGCUAUUCUGCCUCUUCCACUUCAUCUAUUCCCUCGACCCCGACCAGUCUCCGAUCUCGCAGCCCGAGCAUCUCCUCGCUGGAAACCAUUCCGGAUAUUCCCGAUGCGGAAGCAGAAGCCCAAGAGGCGGACAGAAUCGCAGCAUUGAAAGCUGCUGCCGAUAAAGCCGAUGAAGCGGAGGAGGCCACCAAUACGAAUCGACGGCGUGGGACUUCCGAUGCUUCGGGUCCCUCGAGCCCUUUCAUGAACACGCGCGUUUCUUCUGGUGGAUACGGGGUGCGGGCCGAUAAGCGGAAGCGCUGGAGUGUCUGUGGGGCGGAACGUCGUCAAGAUCUGGAUCUGGAGACCAUCUGGGAAGAUUGAGGAGUCAGCCGAAUUCGACACGGCCAUUACCAGGAACCACGAUCCUUCUCACAAUGGACAACGGCUCUCGCCGGCGUCAAGAGAAACAAAUCACCGGAGCCGACCCUAUUGAACCUUAUCGAACACACAUUUCUCGUCCUUUCAUUCAAUUU